UCAACUUGCAGAGUUUCCCAUCCCGACACAGUUCCCGUGACCGUCGAACGCGAAACAAAUAAAGUUGCGAAUUCUCGAUCCGCUGGGCAUACUUUCCAGCUCUCCGGGCAUUAUCUCAUCGAUCUCGGGCGACACAUCAGCUUCCAAUUCGGGGCAAAUUGCAUCGACCGCCAUUGAAGUUGCAAUUUCGGUUCGUUAGUGGAGUAAAGUCGAACGGAACAGGCGAGUGACGGGCGGCCGAGAAAAAGUUUCAGUUCUAGAUUCGGUGGCAGCGCGGCGCAACAAAAACAAAAGUUGACAUAGAAAUUGGAUUCGUGUUUUCAUUUGACGUCGUCGCUUACGGACUUUUGUUUUUUCGUUUCACCCAGCGCCAAGCGUUUUUAGACACUUCAACCAUUUUUCGGUUUUAUAAAGCGUUCGGAACUCCCAUUCGAUUGUUGUUCAGUUUUGGAAUCCGAAACCCGCAGUACCUUCUAUUGGCUCAAAUUGGAAAAUUGGAGUUCGUGUAAGCUUCCGGUGGUGUCCCGUUUCGAUCCUCAAUUUGGUGAAGUGACUCGAAAGCUGGUCGGUCGGCGGUAACGAGGGACUCACAGCACAGAAAUGGAGGCGACCGCGCAAAGUCGCGAUCCUGUGAAGCUGGUGGUGAAGGCACCCAAUCAGCAGUUCGAGGAUCAAACUGUCGAUUGUGAACUGCAGUGGAACAUCAGGCGCUUGAAGGAACACCUGUCGGAGGUCUAUCCGUGCAAGCCGACUCCCGCCGAACAGAAACUUAUCUAUUCUGGUCAACUUCUUAAAGAUCAACUUAUCCUGAAAGAUAUCCUGCGCCACUACGAUGACCCGCAACCACAAUUCCACAUAUUACAUUUAGUAUACACACCAAAGAAUCAGACGCAUGCUAAUUUCAACUCAACGAAAUCGUCACAAAAAGGCAACAGUGAUGCAAUUUCAAACGACGGUCUUCGACAUCGACAUGUUGCCGCAAACCAAAGUCAGGAAAAUCAACCGCAAAAUGUUACUAAUGUGACACCAAAUAUCGCAAGUAAUAUUAGUAUGGGAGCGUCCUCGUCGAAUUGUCCUGCCUCAGGACCGCCCGGUGGUGGAGGUAAUAACAUACCCGGCUUUGGCUUCCCUCAGCAACCAAAUCAAUAUCUUAUGGCGCAACAGAUGGCAAUGCAAAGUUGGAUGCAGCAAGCGUACAUUCAGUAUAUGAAUCAGUAUAUGAGUUUAUUGUCAGAAGGAAUGCGUCCAGAGGCUGUUUUCAUGCAACAUCAAGCUCAACCACAGAUGCCAUAUAUGCCACAGAAUGUACCAUUUUCACAACCAAAUUUUGGACAGAAUCUGCCAGGAAGUUCCUUGCCGUCACAAUCUGCAGCCGUGGCAACCGAUGCCCAAGCAGCCGGUGCUGGUGAUGGUGCUGCGAAUACACCCGGAGUAGCAGCUGUUGCCGCAGCAGCAGCUGCACAACAACCACCGCAGGCUCAAAAUCAGCAACCUCAACCCCGAUUCCCAAACCUCGUACAAGAUAAUCCAGAGGAGAAUCGAGACUGGUUGGAUGUAUUCUACACGAUGAUUCGAUUAAUGGUGCUAUUGACACUUGUAUAUUUCUACUCUUCUGCCUUACGGUGUGCGGUAGUGAUGUUCAUUGGAUUGGCGAUAUAUUUCUAUCACACUAGAUUCUUCCGACGACAAGUUCAAAACGCUCGCGAGGCAAACAAUAAUAACGUUGCAGCGGCUGUCGAGAAUAUUCAGCAACAACAGCAGCAACAGCACAAUCAAGAUGCAAAUGCCGAACAAGGAAAUAACGAUGGCCCGGAACCAGCGCCCGCCGCAAAUCGGGAAAGUGGUGAAGAUGCCGAGAUCGUAUCUAGUACCUUACCUGAAGUCCCUGAAGCUAAUGGGACAUCUGUGAUCGCUUUCGUUCGGACAUUCGUAGUGUCAUUCUUCGUGUCGCUGCUCCCCGAAACGCCUGCUUUAUAAAACUAAUCCACCCAAAUAUGUUACAUUUGUGGUUGUAAUUGUUAAGAGGAAGCCUUUUUAAAAAAGUUUUCUGAAUGCGCUUUUGAUCACUGUAGCACUGUAAACCAUUAACUACAUAAGAACUUAUUUAUACGAACAUCCAAAUCUUGAUCUAAAUUUAUCGUUGUUUAUACUUAAAUGAAAAAUAGAGAAAAAUUUAUAAAGACUUAAAACUUGGUUUCCAGUUUAUUCCGGAGCAGCCGGUGUAAGAAGCAGAUCCCGAUUUCUUCGGGUCAAUUGAAGCAUUCAAACUGGGUUCAGAUCAACUCAAUGUUGAAACUUUGUUUAUCAUUGAAGGCAGGAAUUCACUUUCAACUUUCCAUUAAUUUUCCCAUAAUAUAGGCUUUGCAAAUGAUUGAGGAGUUCUACUUUAACGCUCAUAACACGAACGACACCCUCAACCCAUUGAAAUUGAAAUCUAAAUGUUGUAAAUUGAGUGUACAUAGUGCAUGUCAAUAAUGGAGAGUUCGGAUGUAGUAUGUACAGCUUUGCUUUGGCUCCGACAAAGUAAAUAGCUGGAUCACGACUACUGCAUGACCGAUGCAGUUUUUACUAGAAUUAUGGGACGAGAGUUCAGAAAUUAAAUAGUUCUAUUCAAACAACAUAGGAUUUACCUACUAAGAUGUUAUCAAUGUGUGAUGUAAAUAUAUAAUUAUUUUAUCUAUAAUAGAAAACCUUUUAAAAAUAUAAUUUUAUUACAGUUAAGAUAGUUAAUAGAACUGAUAGGUGAUCAUAUUUUAUUUUGUUUUCUUUUGUUGUAGCUUUAAUGUAUUUUUUCCAGAAAUAAACGAAAAACGUGUUU